AGACCGAUGGAAUGGGGGAUACCAGCAGGUCUGGCAGGGCUGGGGGGCGCGCACCCUGGAUUCCCGGCCUCCCAGUGCCCCCGUUCGAGAGAGCCACGGCCUUGGCGCCGCACUACCCCACCCUCGACAGACUGGCAGGGCCCUUCCCGCUCACCCGCCGCGUCGGCCACCCCUACCAGAGCAGGACGCCCCCGAAGCGGAAGAAGCCUCGCACCUCCUUCACCCGCGUCCAGGUGAACGAGCUCGAGAAACGGUUCAACAAGCAGAAGUACUUGGCGUCCAGCGAGCGCGCGCAGUUAGCCAAGCAGCUCAACAUGACGGACGCGCAGGUCAAGACGUGGUUCCAGAACAGGAGAACCAAGUGGAGACGGCAGGCGGCGGAGGAGCGCGAGGCGGAGCGACAGGCCACCAACCGGCUGAUGAUGUCCCUUCAGGCGGAGGCUCUCUCCAAGGGGCUCCUCACCGACCCGCCCACGACGCCCCUGUACAACUCGAACGCCUCCCUCUGCGCCCUCGAGAACAUCAAGCCGUGGGCGGAGAAGAGCAAGCCCACGCCCACCGGCCCCGAAGACUCGUACGGCAGCACGCCCGUCGUCUCGCCCACGUGCUCGUGAGGCGUCCCCCUGGCGUCGCUCGUGAGGCUCCCCGUCUUGCCAACCGUUGCUUCCUCCAGUUCGUCUUAAGAACGACCUUCCGAGAUGAUGACGUCAGAGCGAAGACGACCUCCUUAGGUGUC